AUGGACCAAAUUUACCACAUCGGCCGCCCCGGGGAUUGUCAGGCGGACCCUUCAGAAAGCGUGAAGUUGAGGCUGGUGAACGGGGGCAGUCCAUGCGCCGGGAGAGUGGAGGUUCACUACAAGGGGAAGUGGGGAACUGUGUAUGAUGGCGGCUGGGACCUGCAGGACGCGGCGGUGCCCCGGGCGGAGCUCACUUUGGACCGGGGUCCGGACCCGUUGUUGACGUAUAAUGUUGAAUGCAGCGGGAACGAGGCCGCUCUACGGGAGUGUAAAUCACGGACAUGGGGGCUCUAUGACGCUCCACACUCCAACGAUGCCGGCGUUAUCUGCGAAGAUCACAGAGAGCUAAGAUUGGUAUCCAAAGAUGAUCAGUGCUCGGGAAGACUGGAAGUGCAGUAUGGUGAAACCUGGGGAACCGUGUGUGACCUGGCCUGGGAUAUGGACGAUGCCAAUGUGGUGUGCAGUCAGCUUCAUUGUGGAGUCGCCGUGUCUGUUCCGACAGGGGCUUAUUUUGGAAAGGGAACUGGCCUUGUACGGAGCGAUGUAUUUGAAUGUAAGGGGAAUGAGACAAGCCUGUGGGACUGUCCGCGUUCUUUAGGAACUCUUCAUUGCAACCACACGAGCGAUGUCAGUGUGAUCUGUUCUGGGAACCAUGGCCCACGACUGGUGGGUGGGAAGGAUAGAUGCUCUGGCCGGGUGGAGGUUCUACACGGAGACGAGUGGGGGACAGUUUGCGAUCAGUACUUUAGCUUGCUUGAUGCCGGCGUGGUCUGUGAACAACUACAUUGUGGUGCAGUGGCCGCAACUCCCGGAGUUACUCACUUUGGCCGAGGAUCCGGCCCCGUGUGGAAGGAGAACUACCACUGUCGGGGGAACGAGUCCCGAUUAAGUGAUUGUCCAGUCUUACCCAGGGAUCAGAUGAGUUGUUCACACGGAAACGACGUCGGUCUCAUCUGCUCAGGUGAGUCACCAAAUGUCCUUGAACUGAAAAACAGAGUUGCCCAGUGGUAGAGAUGUUUACACGGUGACUCUUUUAACCAUUGAAAACAUCUGCUGUUUCCUGACGGCCAUCUUUAUUUUCUUU